GGGACGGCCGAGCCGAGAAGAGCGGCGGCGGCAAAACGGCCGGAAAAUCCGCCGCGUUGUCCAAGAGCUCCGCGGCCAAGGCGGCCAAGAGCACCGGGGGGAGGAGGAAGGUGUCGGACGCCAGCAUCGGAUCGGACGAUCUAUCCAAGGACUCCGGCUGCGCCCCGGGGAAGCUGUCCCCCACCGACAGCAGCUCCGAGCUGUCGGAGUGCGGCUCCGAGGAGAACAAGCUCAGCGACGCCGAGUCCAGGAGCAGCCGAGGCGGCGGGCCGGACGGAGGUGGACACCAUGCCGCCGCCACUAGGACCACCUGCUCCGCGGGGGAGAGAGACGACAAGGACCGGCUCUCCCUUAGCGUGGACACCGGGGAAGGGAGCAUCUCCCCCGGCGAGGAGCGCUCGGUCACCUCGUAUGACAGCCGGGUGCCGGCGAGCACGUCCCUGGCUUUCUCCGACCUGACGGAGGAGUUCAUGGACGGCAUGCAGGAGGAGUUCGUGAGGGAGAUAGAAGAGCUGAGGUCGGAGAACGAUUACCUCAAAGAUGAGAUGGAGGAGUUGAGGUCCGAGAUGCUGGAGAUGAGGGACAUGUACAUGGAAGACGAUGUCUACCAGCUGCAGGAUCUACGUCAACAGCUGGAGCAGGCAAAUAAGACCUGCCGCAUCCUGCAGUACCGGCUCAGGAAAGCAGAGCGGCGCUCUCUCCGCGUGGCCCAAACAGGGCAAGUGGAUGGAGAACUGAUACGGACACUGGAACAAGAUGUCAAAGUGGCCAAGGACGUGUCUAUCCGUCUCCACAGUCAGUUGGACAGCGGGGAGAAGAAGAGGAGUCGUCUGGAGAAGGAGAACGAGGAGCUGAGGGUCCGACUGCAGGACCUGGAGGUCGCCAAACAGGUCCUGCAGCAGGAGAUAGACAAGAACUCCCAGAAGAAAAGAGGAGCACGACCCAACAACAAACCUGACAAGAAGCUUGGUCCACAGGAGGACAGUUCCGACCUGAAGUGUCAGCUCCACUUUGCCAAAGAGGAAUCAGCCCUGAUGUGCAAGAAGCUGACCAAGCUGGUGAAGGACAGCGAGGCCAUGAAGGAGGAGCUGGGAAAGUACCGAUCGCUGUACGGAGAUGUGGACGCCUCGCUCACCGUGGAAGAGGUUGCUGACUCCCCCCACACCCGUGAAGCAGAGGUCCGAGUCCACAUGAAGCUAGUGGAGGAGGAGGCCAACCUGCUGAGUCGGCGCAUCGUGGAGCUGGAGGUGGAGAACCGGGGGCUCCGAGCAGAGAUGGACGACAUGAAGGGGCCACAAGAUGGACAUCAAGAUCUCUCUGGCGUCGGCUGUGGUCUAGGUGUGGGUCUUGGUCUCUCUGGAGGAAACAUGGUGCUCGGAGACGGGGCUGCUUCUGAAAACGUCAUGGAGCUCCAGAGACACCUCCAGUUUGUGGAGGAGGAGGCGGAGCUGCUGAGGAGGUCUCUGAUCGAGAUGGAGGAACAGAACAAGCUCCUGAUGAACGAGAUCAACCGCUACAAAUCCGAACUACCGCCGCUGAUGUCCACGCUGUCGUCCAAUUCGCUAACGUUGCUGGCGGACGGGCUGCUCAACGACAGCCCGGUGCACACCAUACAGGAAGGGGCGGUGUUCAUCAGCACGGACGCCCCUGCCCAGGAGGAGGAGAUCAGACUGGCAAGGCUUCAGAUCGGAGAGCUGGGCGGGAAGGUGAAGAAGCUACAGUACGAAAACCGAGUGCUACUGUCCAACCUGCAGCGUUGUGAUCUGGCCUCCUACAACGCUCCUUCCUCCUCAUCCUCCUCCUCUUCGUUACGACUGGCUCUGGAGACUGACGCGGAGGCAGGAGACUCAGCUGAGUGUCUCCCCAUCAGCCCGCCCCACCGCAAAGAGCCAGUAGGGGGCGAGAAUGACGCCCUUAAGCUCAAGGAGCGGAAAAAUAAGUUUGAGGACAGCGCUGACGCAUCGGCCUCGCUUCCCAGGUGCCUGGGGCAGAAGGACCACGAUGCUUUGCUGGCCAUGAGGGACCAGGCUCGCUUGGUUUCCACGGCGAUACAGCUCCUGACCUCCCCCGAGUCCAACUGCCUCUCCACCUCGCCAUCCAUCUACCACAAGGUCUGCAGCAACGAGGCAGCGGAGCCGUGCGACCUAGAGAAAGCUCAGCCUCACAGUCAGAUUUCUGAGCUGUCUGACCUGGCGGACCGGCCUCUGGUUGGCGCUCUGACCAGCAGGCUCCAGGCUCUGCACCACCAGCUACAUGCCUUUGUUGAGCGGGUUGACAACCUGGGUAAACCCUCAGCAGGUGGGCGGGACCCUCAGGUGGAAGGAGCCUCUCCCCUGGCCUCCCUCGUUUGCUCGAGAGACGACCUGGAUAGAAUCAAUACUCCCGAGGAGAAGCAGCCUGAUUACAGGGACCAUUCAGAGACAGACGUUAAAGGUCAAACUGGAGAAAACAGCCAAUCGGAGAUUAACGAGGCACCAAAGCAGGAAAUCAGCCAGCUGGAGCAUGAAGAGAAGGAGACAGAUGAUGAACUGCCCUCCGAGUCCAGCGACCUCCAGGCGCUGUCUGAAGCAGAGGAGUCAGCUCAGGGAGCUCAGGAGGAGAAGGAGAACCCGACUCAGAAAGAAACCGUUCUCAAACUCACAAAGCUGCAGGAGGAGCACCAGAAGGCUCUGCUCCGUCGGGACUUCCAGCUGCAGAGUUUGGGUCUGCAGGCUCGGCUGCAGCAGAAGUUAUGGAGCCAGGAGAGGACUCUUCUGGUCCAGGAGUCUCAGCAUCUCAAACAGGCCCUCCUACUGCUCAGCCUCAAACUACGCUGCUUCCUCAAACAGUGGCGGCUGGGCUGCAAGAAGGACACAGAAUGGAAAGACAUCUUGGAGAUGAACAGCCUGAAGGAUCUCUACCUGCUGUUGGAGGAGGACAACCUCACAAGCCCCGCCCACCAGACUGACAAACGAUCUGCUGCUGACGAACAGCCUCUCAGCCCAACUAUCAAGUCGAGUGCCGUGAGCAGUACUUUGGCAGACCUGAGGGUGGCGAUGCAGGAUCUGAGUGGUGAGCUGCGACAGGAGAUGCAAGGCUCCCAGGAACUCACCCAGCAGUUUGCAAAGGCCAAGGCAUCAUGGGAAGUGGAGAGGACAGAACUGCAGAGCCUCAUCACACAGCUUGAGACCAAAGCAGGUAAAGCUGCCGCCGUCUUGUCCUGCACCGACUCAAUGGAUCCUCCAGACCUGAAGGUGGCACUGAAGAGGGAGCGUGAAGAUCACCAGCACUUGCUGGCUGAGUCCUAUGCAGCUGUGAUGGAUCUAACUAAACAGCAUCAGAUCGGAGAGAGGAACUGGGGCAGAGAGAAGCUGGAGCUGCUGGAGAGGUUCAGUCAGGAGAGAGCUCAGUGGGAGCAGAGACUGAGAGAGGCCACUGCUCAGCAGGGGAAGCCAAAGCCAUCCGGUGGUGACUCCUCUGCAGACCUGCUCGUUGCUAACGGAACAGGAUCGCCAAGGACUAAAUCCACAUCUGAGCUGGACAGACCAGAGGUCAACGGAGCUGCCAACCGAGAAGAGAAAACCCAGUUUAAUGUCCCCCAUCUUUUGAUUGGCCCAGAGCUAGUUGACCUUCCCAGGAAGAACUGGACCUACUUGACCAAUGAGACUCCAGAAGUCGGGGACACCUGUAAAACCUGGGAUGGUCCCAGCGGCUCCUGCAGCAGUCUGAUGGGAUCAGAGCUGGAUCUGGAGUCCGUCCAGAGGAGCUACACGGCUCCAGACCGCACCGGCAUCCGGAUCUACUACAGCCCUCCUGCCGUGCGACGCAUAGAGCAGCGGAGAAAUAACCCGGAGCUUCAGCGGGCACAGAAUGGGAGCUCGUCCCUUCCGCCCAGUGGCUGGGAUGGAGCCGUGCCUGCUGGGGAUCAGCAACAGCAGUCUUCAUCCUCCUGCUUUUCAUCCUCGUACGAGCAGUGGCUGAGCUCGCUGUCCAAGCAGCACAGGGAGCUGCUGGAGAGCAGGAGCGGUUGCGUCACCGGGUCAAUCCCCAGCGUCAUCAACAACGGCAUCGGCAGCUCUGGUCACAGUGUGGUCGAUGGGAUCACGUCCUCUUCAGCUUUCCAUGGCCUGGAAAUUGGGGAGAUUUCAGCCAAUUUGAGUGAUGACAUGAAGGAGAUGACCAACUGUGUCCGCCAGGCCAUCCGCUCCACGUCUCUGGAGAGGAAAUCCAGCAAGGAACCCGGAAGUCAGACGACCGGCAUUUCCACCAGGUCCACGCAGACCUCUGCCCAGUACGUCAGUAUCGGGCUUCAAACCGACAUCCUUCCAAGCAGCAGAGGGGCGAGCUUCCACACCAAAGCCUGGUCCCCUCGGCCCUCGUCAACGGCCACAUCCUCGUUGGUGUCAGCCAGAACCCGGCAGAUAUCAACAUCUCUAGAUAAAGUUCACAGCCGCAUCGACAGGCCGUGCUGUUCGCCCAAGUAUGGAUCACCCAAACUCCAACGCAGAGUCUCCUCUGGCUCCACUUCCAGGCUGGAAGUGACUUCCUCAAGGGACCGCAGCCUGUGGAGCCUCCAGCAGAGACCCAUGAGUGCAGGCGGAAACGUAGGCGUAGGCGGAUGCGCAGGUAGCGGCGGUGGAGGCGGACGCUCAGCCUGGGCUCGCUCCACCACCACCAGGGACAGCCCCGUCCUCAACGGCCUCACCGAUGGCCUCUCCAGCCUCUUCAGCGUGGUGGAACACUCUGGAAGCACAGAGUCGCUGUGGAGGGGUGAUGGAGGUAGCAGCCAGUGUGCCAGUCCAGCACGACCAGCUCCUGCCGCAGGAAAACCCUCUGCAGCGGUGGCCUCUGGAUCUGAACCCAGCUCUCAGCGGUACAGUGGCCUGGUCCAGGAGUUCUUCAGGAGUGUCUGCAGCAGCCAAGACCAGGGAGGAGUCCUCCUGCCUGUGGAGAGAGCGCAAAAAGAAUCCCUGGGCGGUCUCAGAGGUCUGAGUGUCCCGGGGGGUUUUGUCACCAUCGAUGAGCCCAAGCCAGAGUGCAUGUCAGCUGUGGUCGGAGGUCUCGCUAACGACAGUGUCACCAGGAUUGUUAAUAAGAGGUUUAUGAGACAAACGGUCGGGGAAGAGAUGGUCAAUAUCUUGGGAGGCGGGAAGGAACCAAUGAGCAGCGCCGGAGCAGCAGGAGGAGGGACGGAGGAUGCACCCUGUGACUGCGCCGCCCAGUCAUCCUGCCUUGCCCGACCAUCCAGAACUGCAGCUCGCCAUUCGCUGGGGCAGUGCAAGCACCGCUCACUAGAGUCUCUGGCGGCAACGGAGGAGAAGAAGGACGCCUGCAGCGAGUGACGCCACUUCUACUGCCACAUGCAAAGACACGCAACACACAGGAAGACACGCACCCACAAACAUACACACACACACAGACACAAGCAAUACUGAUUCUUCACAAACACUGAACACCACUGCCAUAAAAACACAACCUUCACCAAAUGUACAUACACACCUACAACCUGCCACACAGGCGCACUGCCAACCACAACAUACACAGCUUGCACAGACUGCCCCACAAACACACUGCCACACACACACACACACACACGUACACGUACACAAACCUAGGUUACAUUGAAGUAGGAUAACAAGGACUGAAACCAACAGUUCAGAACAACACAAAAAUACCAGCAAGACACAAAACUAGACACACUCAUCAUCUUAACACACUUAAUUCCACAAAAAUCUACUCUCAACUGAUGAGAGUCUAACCGGUUAAACGAUGAUGUCAGGACUGGACCUACACUCCCCACCACCCCUCCACAAUGAUGACGCUAUGUUAGAGCAGAAAGAUAGGAUGCAGUCCCAGUGUGUUGCUAUGGGAACUAUAAAACAGAAGAGGAGACAUUUAUCAAAGCAGAAAAAACAUUUAAUGUCCCGUUAGCAACUCUGCAACCUCGUCACAUACACUCCUGCCGUGCUCGGGAAACGCAGUUGUACCACUUCGAUUGUUUAGCACAAUAACAUCCCUGCGAGUGUCUUUUACGACGGGUCCUGAUGACACAUCUGGUUCAGUUUGCAGAGCAGCGUCUCUUGUCCACUCGCAAAAAGGAAGAACUCUGCAGCGCCGUCAGACUUAGUAUCCCAGCAUGACCACGGCUGGACUCCAUUGAUGGAUGUUCGGACGUGUCGGCUUCUAAUGAGACCAUGAAACUCAUCUCGGACUGUACCUCCUACUAUUGUUGUUAAGUAGCAACAACAACAAUCCCUCCUGGCUCGUUUAGUUGCAACACUCCACUAAGUUCUCAAAAGGACGUCGGCAGUAAAUACAGGGACACGUUGUGGCAUUGUAGCCACGUCUUCAACCUUGUUUUACCCUCCAGAGUCUGUAUGUGCAGCAGGUGGAAAAAGUGCCUGUCUGUUUCAUAUUUUUGAGAUAUUUCUCCACUGAUGUCAAUGUCCCCCCCCAUCUGAUAAAGACAUGUGGUGUACAGUCCUGCAGCACUGACUGGGGACCAUUCCUCAUCGAUUGCAAUGACCUCAAAGCCAAUCUGCAUAUUUUUCCCUCUUCUUGUACCAGUUUUUCUACAUGCUAGCAAAACCCAGACCAACACAACAAAUGUACUCCAUUCAUCUCUAUUCUGUAGAAAAAGUUGAGAAAAUCAUGUGUGUCUCCACUGAAUCAUGACAUUGUGACUUUUGGAAUCUAUGUCACAUAAUGAUAAAGAAAUGAUGACACAUGACCUGCUUCAUCAAUACAUCUCUAUCCUCUGUGCUUCGUAGGAUCAGAUGUGAACAAUAGGAAACAAACACAGAUUCUCAGUGUGUUCAAACUUCAUCAAGCAGAAAGGAGAUAUAAGUCAAUGCAUUCCUUUUAUUACAGAAAACAUUCACAUUUCCUCAGUUCUGUAUGUUGUGUUUGCUCGUUCAGUUCUCAGCUUCCUCUUGUACCACUACGUCAUUCCUACAAGUCUUUUACUUCCUCCUUUCUCUCUUCUCUGGAAUACAAUGGCAUUGUUUUUUAGUGCUACACAGAUGGUGAAGCUCCAGUAUGAUAAUGUUGAGCUGUAACAACAUGAAAGAUGUUUCAAGAUCCCACUGCAUUCACACGGAGGACUGACAGUUUAUAAGUUAUCAUUUUACUAAAUUCUUAAUUAACUUAUUGAUUUUUCAAACUUGAGUCAAACAGGUUGUUUAACUAAAUUAAAAUUGUGUCUCCAUAAGCCA